CAGGUCGCUCCCUCUAGCGGCAGAGAGCUCGCCUGUUGGCCGCGGCGGAUCGUCACAGCCUCGGUCCGUCCUCCCGAGCCUGAGUGAAAGUUGUCCCCGCCUGGAAGUGCGUCGCUGCGGGAUUACUGCGCCCGUCCACCGCCGCUGUUGGCCUGGUUCUUUCCCCGGAGAGAGACGCAGCGAGAUGAGGCGGAAGGAGAAGAGACUACUGCAAAUCGCGGGUCUGCUCAUCGUCGCUCUGCUUUUCUUCCCAAAUGUGGGACUAUGGGCUUUGUACAGGGACCGAGUGUUCGACCACUCUCCGGAGAACACGGCGGAGGGAGCGGGCGCCUUCCCCGCGGUACAGGGGGUGAAUCGCGUGGCCAAAGACUCUCCUGUGGGCGGAGUUGGAGCGCGGAGAAUCGACUGGCACGACCUCGACGCCAUCAAACGGGACGCCGCCAGAACAGGAAACGGCGAGCAGGGGAAGGCGUUCCCUCUGAGCGACGCAGACAGAGUGGACCAGGCCUACAGAGAGAACGGCUUCAACAUCUACGUCAGCGACAGAAUCUCACUCAACAGGUCCCUGCCCGACAUCAGGCAUCACAACUGUGCAAAGAAGCUGUACGCAGAGAAACUUCCCAACACCAGUGUGAUCAUCCCGUUUCAUAAUGAAGGCUGGUCGUCUCUGCUCCGAACAGUCCACAGCGUCCUGAACCGCUCCCCCCCAGCGCUCAUCCACGAGCUCAUCCUGGUCGACGACUUCAGCGACAAAGAACACCUGAAGGGGGCGCUGGAGGAGUACAUGGUGCGUUUUCCUAAAGUGCGUAUCCUGAGGACGAAGAAGAGAGAGGGUCUGAUCCGGACGCGACUCCUCGGAGCCGCCGCCGCCAAAGGACAAGUCAUCACUUUCCUCGACUCCCACUGCGAGGCCAACGUCAACUGGCUCCCCCCGCUGCUCGAUCGCAUCGCCACGAACAGAAAAACCAUCGUGUGUCCCAUGAUCGACGUCAUCGACCACGACAACUUCGGCUACGAGACUCAGGCCGGAGACGCCAUGAGGGGAGCGUUCGACUGGGAGAUGUACUACAAACGGAUCCCCAUCCCGUCGGAGCUGCAGCCGGACGACCCCAGCGAGCCGUUCGAGUCUCCGGUGAUGGCUGGAGGACUGUUUGCUGUGGACAGGAAGUGGUUCUGGGAGCUGGGAGGAUAUGACACGGGGCUGGAGAUCUGGGGAGGAGAGCAGUACGAGAUCUCAUUCAAGGUUUGGAUGUGCGGAGGCCGAAUGGAGGACAUCCCCUGCUCCAGAGUGGGACACAUCUACAGGAAGUACGUCCCGUAUAAAGUCCCAGGAGGAGUCAGUCUGGCCCGUAACCUGAAGCGCGUGGCGGAGGUGUGGAUGGACGAGUACGCCGAGUACAUUUACCAGCGCCGCCCGGAGUACAGACACCUGUCGGCCGGAGACAUGACGGCGCAGAAGGAGCUCAGAGCCAAACUCAACUGUAAAAGCUUCAAAUGGUUCAUGAAGGAAGUGGCCUGGGACCUGCCCAAGCACUACCCCCCAGUGGAGCCCCCUGCUGCCGCCUGGGGAGAGAUCCGUAACGCCGGGAGCGGGUUGUGUUUGGAGAGUAAACACUUCGUCUCCGGGAGCCCCAUCCGUCUGGACACCUGUGUGAAGGGCAGAGGAGAGGCCGGCUGGGGCCACGGACAGGUGUUCACGUUCGGCUGGAGGGAGGACGUCCGCGUUGGAGACCCCAUGCACACGAAGAAGGUCUGUUUCGACGCCGUGUCCCACAACAGCCCGGUGACUCUGUACGACUGCCACGGCAUGAAGGGCAACCAGCUCUGGAGAUACAGGAAGGACCGCAGCCUGUACCACCCGGUCAGUAACAGCUGCAUCGACAGCAGUCCCACAGAGAGGCGUGUCUUCAUGAGCACAUGUGACCCCUCCUCUCAGAGCCAGCAGUGGAUCUUUGAACGGACUAACUCCACCGUCCUGGACCACUUCAACAGAGGGGACCCCCGCUGAGCUCCGGACCCACCGCAGCCAAUUUACAGCCGCCGGUGAAGGGAGCGAGCCGCGUACCUCCACCCGACCUCCUCAAGGCGAAAAGACUGUGGAGACGUGGUCCUAAAACACUGUAGCAACUUGUUUUAACUCUAUCUUUUCUUCUUAUUUUCAUUUUCAUUACAGAAUUUUAGGUCUGUCAGACUUAAAAUUCAGCAGCUUGCUCUCGUUCAGAUAAAUUAUGCAAGUUGUGGACAAGUUUGACAACUCGUGACAACAUUGUAAAAGAAAACUUCAAGUCUGUAACAAAACUCUGACCUUUUACUAAGUCCGAUCCAUAGUAAAAAGUCGAAGUUCAAUCCGUCAACUGGACAAAAAGUCGCAGGAGUGAAGACGUUUCUCUGCUCGUCCAAAACGCUUCUUCAGUUCUGGACUCUCGUUUUGGACGAGCAGCGAAACGUCUUCACUCCUACAACUUUUUGUCCAGUUGACGGAUUUAACUUUGACUUUUUUACAAAAAAAUUUGCAGGAGUGAAGACGUUUGGCUGCUCGUCCAAGCUAGCUUCAGUGUAGUUAGCUUCUUCCUUCAGACAGAUAUAAUCCAGCAGUAAUCUGACCAAAACUGAAGAAAUCUUUUGGAUCAGCAGCUUAAAACUUUUUAUCCAGUUACAGAUUUGAUUUUUGUCUUUUACUAUUUGUACGAAAACUUUAGCAAUGGACAAGUUUGGUGAGGAUUUUCCUGAUAUUUUUAGCUCCAACACGACGCAAAUUGUGUUUUAUUGUGACUAUUUUGUUCACAAACGUCAAAUAUUUUACAAAUGCAUACAAAAAAUGGAGCUAUUGUUUCCUAAAGUUCACCGUUAUGGCCUAUGUGACAUGAUCCGCCGGCUAACGUCAAUGAACAUUACUAACUUAAUAACUAGCUAACAUCAGCGCUAACCUCAUCCGUCUAUUCUAAUGCUUUUUAACAGUUUUUUUUUCAGACGUAUGAACUUAAACGGGACCAAAUUUCCUGCCCUCCUUGAAAGCUGUCUGUCUUGUUUCUCUUUUCUGAUGGUUUUGUGUUCAAAAUCGCUGCUGAUAUUUGACUGUGUGAUUGACAGGUCAGCUGACUCAAAGCGAGCCGUCUGAUUGGCCGAGCCGCAGAGGUGUUUAAAAUGCAUAAAGCACUUGCGUAUUGGAAAAACUUGAAUGACAUUUUUAGUGCCUUGUGAGAGAGAUGUGAGUUUGACAAACAGGGUCUGAAGGGGCGGAGCGAUUGGGAAGCGUUUGCUAAGUCCCGCUAACCUUAAAGAGUAGCUUACGUACGUCGGAAAAACUUGGAAAUAAAUGACAAACGGAAAGACGAUUCAAAAACAAAUCAUUUCCAAAAGUAACUCCCAGGAACUAUGCAACGUUAAUAAUUCUGUGCACAACUGCGCCCUCAACCACACUGUUAGCGUCACUGUUAGCGUCACUGUUAGCGUCACUGUUAGCGUCACUGUUAGCGUCACUGUUAGCGUCACUGUUAGCGUCACUAUUUCCUGUUCAGUUUUAUUUCUACGAGGUUUUUACAGACUAGGAGUGGGACGAUAAACAAAAAUAUUGUUUAUCUUGAUGAAAAAGGAACACGGUAAUCAUUCGUGGGACAUUUUAUAUAAUCGUGAUAAUCGCCAACAAAGAUAAUCGUCAUUUUAUCACCUGAAUGUGCAGAAAAAAGCUACUUAACCACAGGGGAGUCGACAGAGGGGGACAAAGGGCUCUGUUGUCCGGGGCCCCAGGGUCUUAGGGGCCCCAGAACUGUGAGUCUUCUUGACCCGGGCCCCCAAAUUUCUGUCAACGGCCCUGUUUAUUCACAAUGUUCUCCGCUAGAUCAUAGUUGUUUUCACUAGAAUCAUCUGGAUCAUUUCAUUCAUAAUAUUUUUAAACUGUCAGCAACUUUAAUCAUUAUCGUGAUAUAAUCGUAAUUAUCGCAGUUAUUUUGGCCGUGAUAAUCGUGACACCAAAUUUCAAUAUCGUCCCAGGUCUAUUCCAGAGUCACGCUACAAUAAAUAUUUAAAGAUCAGGCAGCGGACAGAAAGCUUCACAACCGGAGGAUACAGAGGUUUGUGUCUCAAUGCUAACGCUAAUGCUAACUUUGAGACAUACUAAACCACAAACUGAAGUAUUCUACACAUAAAAAUAAUUGUGUUGUCUUUAAUUAAUUUGUAUUUUAAUAGGAUGUUUACCUGAAUUUAGUGAAAGUGACUGUUAGCUUUGAGACACAGUGAGCUAGCUAGCGUGCUACUGUACACAGAGCCUAUUGUUUACAAAAAAACAUCAUGAUACUUUGGGAAUAAUCCUAUAUAAAAGUAAAAAAUCUAUUUAAAUUUAAAUUGUAUUGUAUUUUAUUAUAUCCUCAUGACUGUUUGACUGUUUAUUUCCAACCAACCGAUGACUUUACCUCACCGUUAGCGCCACCGUUAGCGUCACUGUUAGCAUCACUACUUCCUGUUCAGUUUUGUCUCUAUGAGGUUUUUACAGAGUCACGCUAAAAUAAAUAUUUAAAAAUCAGCCAUUGGACAGGGAGCUUCACAAAUAAAAUUGAAUACGUCACCGGAGGACACUUUUGUGUUUAGAAAGACAUGUUUAUGUCUCUAUGCUAACGCUAAUGCUAAUUUUGAGGCAUUAUAAAAAUUAAAACAACACCACAAACUAAAGUAUUCUACAUAUGAAAGUAAUUGGGUCAUCUUUAGUUUAAUUAAUUUGUAUUUUAAUAGGAUGUUUACCUGAAUUUAAUAAACGUGACUGUUAGCUUUGACUAGCUAGCGUGCUACUGUACACAGAGCCUAUUGUUUACGACAUAACAUCACGAUACUUGGGGAAUUAUCGUAUAUAAAAGUUAAAAACCCAUUUAAAUUAAAAUCUUACAGAGUUUUAUUAUAUUCUCGUGACUGUUUGACUGUUUAUUUCCAACCAACCAGUGACUUUACGCUGGAGAUUUGGGGGUGGGGCUUAGCAAAGAACCAAUCAGAGAGCUGUGUUUUUCUUGUAUUUGAUUUGAUUGAAACAUGUAUUUGCUGUGAAUAGAGCUGUGAGACUUUCCUCUGCGUUUUCCUGCCUUCAAACGCGUCCUGCCCAAAACUGAACUUAACUUCUGUCUUAUUUUUAUUCUAUUUUUUGUUCUGUUUGUGUUGGAUCCAAAGGGACUUAACACUUUUUUGUUUCGGUUGUUGUUGUUUUUUGUUAAAUGUUUGUGGGGUAUUAUUGUUUUCUUGAUGUUCUAACCAACUUAACUUCAUUUUUUUCCUUUUAAUUUAUUUGUACAAAGCUUAAAAUCUACAAAUAUCUACCAUAAUUACAGAUGCAAUCCUGACAAACGAAAUACAGAUAUUUAAAGAAACUGGUAUUUAAAAGGUUAAAGGUCAUAUAUUGUGGUAAAUUAGCUUUUUUUUAAACUGUUUUUAAUCAUACUCAUUGUGUUUACGGGCUACACAAACUACGUGCUUCAAAUAAGGCUCAAAACAAUAGCUGACCUUUAAUUUAUGUGUAAAUCUUGAUGUUUAUUUUUAAAAAUCAUGUUUCGUUUUUGAUUUUUUUGCGUUUAAGUCUUGUGUUGUGAAUUGGCAAAACCCCAUUUUUAUCAACUUGAACCAAACCCACCUCAGUACAAAAUACAACCUGCCUCCGUGUCCAUCAUUGGCAAAAAAAAAAAUGGGGACACUGGGGUCAAAGGUCAGUCAAAACCAGGGCAAGAUUUUAAGGAAGAUUUUCUUGUCCCGUAAGAAUAAGGAGCGCGAUGUCCUCUGCACGUGACCCACCCGGAAAACUGUGGAGGUCAGUGGGACGGGAGCAGUGGGACAGGGGCAGUGGGACAGGGGCAGUGGGACAGGAGCAGUGAGACUGGUACAAUGUCUGAAGCAGUGGGACAGGUGCGGUGUCCGUAACUGCAGUGGGACAGGUGCAGUGGGACACGUGCAAUGUCAGGAGAAAUGGGACAGGUGCAGUGUCAGUAGCUGCACUGGGACAAUUGUAAUGGGACACAUGUAAUGGGACAGGAGCAGUGGGACAGGAGCAGUGGGACAGGUUCAGUGGGACAGGUUCAGUGGGACAGGUGCAGUGGGACACAUGUAAUGGGACAUGAGCAGUGGGACAGGUUCAGUGGGACAGGAGCAGUGGGACUGACUCACAUAAUCAGUCCAAUUUACCAUCAUGCUCCAUUCAUAUAGAUGCAGAAAAGUGUCUUGCCCAGGGACACAAACUCACCACUGAUUAUAAUUGGGCUUUGAACCACCAACCUCCAGAUGAACGCGCCCGUACCACCUGAGCCGAGUGAGGACAUUUAAACUCGUCUUCACCUCCUGGAUCUCACGGCCCAGUACAAAACGCCACAUGGGCCAAACUUUACAAUCUCAUUUUUAUUAUAAAUUAAGUGCAAAACGUCACUUCUGUCUGAACGACAUUCACUCAAUCCAAGGCUCAUCUUAUUUUUAAUCCAAGUCGAACGUUUAAAUCCAUCGCAGACGUUUUAAAAUCGAUGUAUUUUCCAACAACGAUGUGAAACAAAACCAGAAAAACGAUGCACCGAGCGACAUUUUACAUCAAAUCGAAAAAAUAUGACCAGGUCCAAAGUCAAAUGAAGCUAAUCGAGGCUAGCAGUUAUAGCAGCUAAUUCGAAGCCGAUUUCCGUGUUUGGAAUUCCGACCGCGAGUAUCAUAGCAACCAAAGAGCCAAUCCAGAGCGAGGCUGUUGAAAGUAAAGCCCCUUCCCGCCCGCACCACUGGGGGCGCACUUAGCAACGCUGUCAAUCAAACCUGUUGCUAACGCUAGCAGGAGUGACCUCGCGGAAAAAAAGGCGCUUUAUUUGUCUGUUUUUAACGUUCACAUCUUGAUUUACAGACAAAAUAGUGAAAUAAAAACUGCAAAAAAGACCAAAUUUAAGUCUGACAGCAGCAGUUACAGAGAGAGGAGCGAUAGUUUUUCAAUAGAAAGUGAAUUGGAGCCAGAGUCGACGGAGCCAGUAGCGCGCACAUGAUCACUUCCUCUUUGGAACGCGGCGGCUAGCACGUUAGCUAUGUCCAUUUACCAUAUUUGGAGUAUAAGUCGCACUGGAGCGUAAGUCGCGCCAGCCAAAAGACGCAUAAUAACGAAAGAAAAACACAUAUAUUUCACGUAUAAGUCGCGUCUGAGUAUAAGUCGCACCCCCGGACAAAAUAUGAAACAAAAAUGUGACGUAUAGUCCAGAAAAUACGAUAUCUAAACGGUGUACGUCGUAUCUCAAAAGUUUUCCGUUCAAAUUCGCAGCAUCACUUUGUGGAAUAAGCUCGUACGACUCAUGUGUCUGUUUUGCACGUUUUUAAUUUUGUAUUUUGUAUUUUUUUUCCAUCGUGGGUCGACGUCUGUUUCGCUUGUUCCUGUGCAUGUUUUAUGUAUUUCUGUUUUGUUCCGUGUUUUAAUCAUGAAAAUCUCAGACAAAAACUGUGGAAAAAUUUAACAUCUCAUAAACUCUUCAUCAAAACGUGUUCGAAUCCAAACGCGGAAAAAAGCUACGGGCGCGAAAUAAUUCAGACGCGCCAGUGAUCUAUUUAAAAUGAACGUCUCUAGGUGUUGUAGCGUCGCCGGGAAUGUUCCACAGUGCGGCAUUAAUGUUAUUUAGCUUGUUUCAGUUACAGAUGUUUAAAAAAAAAUACCUGGGGGAAAAAAAAAAAAAACGCAAAUUCUCACUGCGAGCGGGGGCUUCUCUCCCACAGACCUGACCUGUAACUUGGCCUUUGCUGGCUUUAGGUUAUGUGCUCGUUGCCAUGGAGAUAGAUGCAAUUAAAUGCCAUACUGUGGGAUAUUACAGGCAAAACUAUAUUUUCACGGAGACGAGCAAGUGGUGGAGAUUUAUAAAUGAGUCUGGUGCGGAAAAAUUGUGAAAUAUUGACACAAAAAAAAUAAACUAAGAUAUUAUUUAAAAUUUAAAAUAAAAGUGCUGCUAAAAUUGGGAUUAAAUUAAUUUUUGGGGAUUUGUUUUUUGUUUUCGUUUUGAGUCUAAAUCUGGUUUGUGUUUUAAGGGCAGAGGUUUUUAAACUGUGCAAUCUUCCCGUGGAGGAACUGUACAUUUUGUAUCAAGCAGAAAGUGAUAUUUUUUUGUACUGACAUAGCACCUGUACAGCUGUAUUUAGAUAAAUAACAAAAGUGUAAUUCAAAUGGAAAAUGGGUCAUAUUUUUGCUGAGACUGUAAAAUAAAAGUUUCUAUAUUUGGACAAA